AUGGGGGAAAGACCUAAAAUUAUCAAUGGAAUCGACGAUAUAAGAAUUAUGGCUAAAAAUAAAAAGACUAACAGAGAUAUUUUGGUUAUCUUUUUCAUGAUAAUUUUAAAAAACAUCUUGCCAAAGGAAUGUAAAUUAUCUUUAUGCUUUGCCUUGCCAACACCUGAUUAUGGAAUCAUGGGCUCUAAAUUACAUUGGCAAAUGAGGACUGGUACAGGUCAAGUACCUAAUCGUUUCGAUACAGAUUUAUUGAAACCCAAUUUUUGGAUUGAAUUGGUUUUACCAUAUGCCACCGAUGAAAUAUACAUUAUGGACCCUGUGGUACUUAUUGGAGAGAAAGAAAUGGUUAAGAAAUAUAAGAGGUCAGAACCAGUCCUAAACUUGUACCCUACUUGGAGUUUCAAAACAACAGUAAAUCAAGUUUUCAAAUAUGUUGUUAGUAUUGAUUCUGUGACAGGUCUUCUACAAGAUGUCUCAGCAAGAUAUGUCCCGAAUUUAUGUUAUGCUUAUUUUGAUAAUUCCGUAUGGUCUCCAUACUUGCAAUCGAAAAAUUAUUGUGCAUUCAUUUUUUUUAGGAAGGUCAUCGAUACAAUAAAUAGAAAUAACAAAGUACUUCCAACAGAGCGAGACAAAACGUUUCAACAUAACGUAAUGCAUAAAAUUGCAAUGAAUAACUAUACUCUUCCCAAAACUUUAGCAGACGUAAAAAGAUCAAAUAAUUUCAUCAUACCUAGCCUAUUGAAAAGCACAGAAGCUAUUCAAGACCGAGCAAGCCCUGUUGGAACAUUUCAUUACGGUCAGCAAAUGAAACUAAAGGAGCAUAUCUAUUGGAGAAAAGAUGUACAACAAUUAAAAAGCAGACAACAUUGGGCUAUCCUAGGAAGAUCUGUAAAAUCUGAUGUGAAACCUUUGAAACAGAAAAAGUAUAUCCCCAUGAAAAAUAGAAAACGACCAAAACUUGAGAUGUAUGAAAUAAAAGAACUGUACUCUUUUGAACAAACAAUAAAUACCCCGAAAUACCCUAGCCACUAUCGCGAUCAAGAUGGUAAAUUCUCUAAAAUUACUGACCCAAGAUAUUACAAGAACAAGUUUAAUCAUAUUGAAAUAUAUUCGGAGGACAUUAAACCGGAUGGUUUCAAACUCAUUUCAUUAAAUGAGCCAACCGAUAUUAAGGGGAGUAUUCAUAGGUUUAAUAGGGUGCAGAGGAAAAACAGCAAAGACAUUAUAUAUUAUUUGGAUGUAGUUAGUGGGUUCGAUUUUAAACAGAAAAAAGGGUCUGCUGUUCCCGUAGUUGAAAGUAUAUUAGUCAACGAGAAUGAUUAUGAAAAAAUACAGGUUUUUUUGGAAAAAAGGCAAGAGUUAACUAGUCUUCAGCUAUGGGAUACCUUAAUUAGGAAAGCUCAACUAAAAGAAACGUUGAACAUAAGGUAUGGUCAUAUUUCCCAAAAACCGUAUGAUGAAUAA